ACAACUUUUUGUCACAGGCCAUUGGUCGCAUUUAUCCAGCUCUGGCCUUUUUUAACCACCACGGUCAUUAUACCUCCUCCCCGUCUCUCUGUCCCUCUCAGUCCACUUUCUUUCCUCCUUCACUUCAUUUAAAGGAGAGCCCAUCAGGUCUUUGUGAUGCUUUCACUAUUUUGAUUGAUAAAUUGACAGAAAGAGUCAGCUAUCAUUGGCGCCACUCGAUAUCAACACUUUGUGGACACUUCACUGAGCCCGCCCACUCCCUUGCUCAACUGGCAAGCAUUCGCUAUCUUAACUCUGGAGCAGGUGGAUUGGUCUUUAUGGUCGGGAAAGCAUCUCAUGCUCUGGGUUCCUUUUCAUCAACCAUCUCAUGUCGACGGUAAUACUUGAAGUUAUACUGCUAGAGAACCCUAUUAGCCGCAGAUUUUGAUCAGGAAAGAAUUUUGUGUCUUAAAAGUUGAGCAAUGAUAGAAAGGCAGUUGAACAAAAUAAUAUUCGAAAUACUGGAGAUACUAGCUUGAAGUUGAUAAAAUAAACAAAAAUAAACUUGUCAUUGAAAAAUCAGAGAAUCGUCACCCUUUGACUCAUUGAAAUCAUUUUUUACCUGUAUCUAUGGACAGUAGUCGUGAAUUUUCAGGAGAGGAUCCAGGAACUCCGUCUCCACGCCACGAAACAAGCAAGAUGCGUCAAUCACCAGAUCGUCCGAGUCAUCACACAGCUCGCCCCGCCGCAUCUCUGGCGUCGCAGCCACUCCGCCCUGCUCACUAUCAUGACGAUGAGGACCACUACAGAACGCACAGCCCUCCUCCGAGCCAGCCUAGGGCGAAGGGAUUCAGUAUCGAGAGCAUUCUAUCUCCGACGGACAAGCACCAGAAAUCACCGAGGUCGCCACCGAUGUCACCCCCGAGUCCGUCAAAGUCGACCAACGGGUGCAGUGAUGGACCUCUGUACAGCAGCUCUCGACAUCCUCUCUCGCCGACAGGUCCCGGGCUUGGACGGGCGGCGUUAGAUGAGCUUGCCGCACACAGAGCAGCGGCUCUCCAUAUCCCGACUGCUGCACUCCCCUUUUCUCACCUAGCACACAAUCCUGCAUUUUAUGCCUGGAUGCAUGGGGCGUCCUUCUUGCACUAUCACGGCAUGCCGGGAUUCAGCUCUCACCCACCGAUAGCCCAGCCGUUGACCAACAGUAGCCGCCUUGCUAUGGCAAAGGACAUCUCGCCUAGACCAACUCAAUCUCAUAGCAGCUUCGGAGAGGAAAGCGGCGAAAAAGAUAGCCGUGAUCGCGAAUCACCAGAUCCUGAGCUCCGUCGAAAUGACGGACAUGAAGAGGACGAUGACGACGACGAUGACCCGUCUCCACAAAAGAAGAAGAAAAAGACGAGAACUGUAUUUUCGCGGAGUCAAGUGUUCCAGCUUGAAUCGACGUUUGAAGUCAAGCGUUAUCUGUCGAGUUCUGAGCGGGCUGGACUGGCAGCAAAUCUUCACCUGACGGAGACCCAAGUAAAGAUAUGGUUCCAGAACCGUCGUAAUAAGUGGAAGCGACAGAUGGCCGCCGAGCUGGAGGCCGCAAAUCUGGCUCACGCAGCUCAGAUACGCGCUCAAGCGAACCUCGCGCAGGCCAGCGCUGCACACGCCCAUGCGCAUGCGCAACGCAUGGUCCGCGUACCAAUUCUUUACCAUGAGAAUCAUUCUAACACUGGUUCGAGCAUGCACUCGCCUAAUGUCUUGCCUUUCCCUAUGCCCUACCAUGGAUCGUACCAUCAAAUUAACUCCUCAUCAACGUCAACAUCAUCGGCAAGAUCACCGCCGUCGACGAGUAUCGUCACAUGAAAUUUAUAAUGCGCCGUUAGUGGAACGAUAUUAUUCUUUAGUAAAGGAAAAUGUUCUUGAUUUUCUAGGGCAAACUAAGGUAUAUGCAUGUGUCCUUAUUCAGAAAGAAAGUGAUAGAUGGUAGGCGGAUGAAGUUUUCAGAGUGCUGCGAUUAUGGGUUGUAAAACAACUCGAUUUAUUUAUUGUAUUGAUGGACUCCGGAUGGACUUGCAGAGUAACCAAAGAAUGAUAAAAGCCUAGAGUUUUUAUCUUUUGAAAUUUGGAUCUGCUUUCUGGUAACGUUAUCAUUAACUCUAACUAUCACUGUUUCGACGAGCAGUACCCUCCAACAUUAAAAUGAUAUAUACCAUAACAAUUAUGUAAAUCGUGUAUCAAGUGUACCUGAAUCCAUGAGGGAUUUGCUGUAUAUUGGUUUUAAUAUCUUAAAAAUGGCUCUGAUACGUAAACGAAUUUGAUUAAAGCUUAAAGCAUAUUUAUAUUAAUAAAAAUCAUCAUUAGUAAAAUUUAUUUUCCACAAAUUUGAAUCUCGUGAUUUAGAUUUUCCCAUCAAUGUUUCGUUUUCCCCGAUCUCUCUCGAAUCAACAGCUUUGAUCCAUUGAGUAACAACGUACCUGGGGUGGUAUUCUGAGAUGCAUUUUAUCUCAGAUAAAAUAAAAUAUUUUAUCUCCGUUAAAAUCAGUGAGAUAAAA